ACAAAGGAAUCUGAGAUGACAAGUGCUAGUUCAGCUGUAGAUGCACGCUGGACGUCUCCUAACAAGCUCAAGUUGGUCACCAUCCUGAGCAUCGACGGCGGUGGCAUCAGAGGGAUCAUCCCGGCCACCAUCCUUGCCUUCCUUGAAGCAAAGCUCCAAGAACUGGAUGGGCCAGAUGCUCGGAUUGCAGACUACUUCGAUGUGGUCGCUGGCACUAGCACCGGUGGCCUCUUGACUGCGAUGCUUACAGCUCCAGACGCUAAUGGACGGCCACUGUUCGCUGCCGAGGACCUGGCGCGGUUCUACAUUACCCACUCCCCCAAAAUCUUCCGACGGAGGAACCUAAUCCGGUCCAAGAUCGCCAGCAAGCUGAAGAUGUUGUGCGGUCCCAAGUACGAUGGCAAGUACCUCCAUGCGCUGCUCCGUCGGUAUCUCGGCGACACGAGGCUGGACAGGACGCUGACCAACGUUGUCAUCCCGACCUUCGACAUUGCAUACAUGCAACCAACGAUUUUCUCCACCUUUGAGUUGAGGCACCAGCCGUCGAAAAAUGCGCUCCUGUCGGACAUAUCAAUGGGUACCUCAGCGGCACCAACCUUCUUCCCGCCACACCACUUCCAGACGAAGGACAAGGAUGGCAGGAGGAGGGCCUUCAACCUUGUCGAUGGUGGCCUCGCCGCGAACAACCCCACUCUGUGCGCGAUGAACCAGGUGUCCCAGGACAUCAUCCUGGGGAACGGGCACUUCUUCCCGGUGAAGCCGGCAGACUACGGCAGGUUCAUGGUGAUCUCCCUCGGCUGCGGGUCGAACCGGAACCGCAGGUACUGCGCCAAGGCCGCGGCCAGGUGGGGCAUCUUCAGCUGGCUCAUCAAGGGCGGCACUGCCCCCAUCGUCGACAUGUUCAACUCGGCCAGCGCCGACAUGGUCGACAUCCACCUCUGCGUCCUCUUCCGCGCCCUGCACUCCAGCGAAAACUAUCUGCGGAUUCAGUACGAUCGAUUGACGGGCAGCGCGGGCUCUGUAGACGACUCCUCCAAGGAGAACAUGGACAGGCUGGUGAGGAUCGGGAAGAGGCUCCUGGACAUGAACGUCUCCCGGGUGGACCUGGAGACCGGCCGGAUCGAGGAGGCGCCCGGCGUGGGCACCAAUGCCGAGCAGCUCACCAAGUUUGCCAAGCAGCUCUCCGACGAGCGGCGCCGGCGGCAGGACGAGCUUAUUUAUUCCGAAGCAGGAUUCCAAAACCAUGCUGCUUGGUACGGUGACUCGUGAGCGGCAGGACGAGAUCAUUUAUUCCGAAGCAGGAUUCCAAAACCAUGCUGCUUGGUACGGUGAGCGGCAGGACGAGCUCAUUUAUUCCGAAGCAGGAUUCCAAAAUCAUGCUGCUUGGUACGGUGACAAUUGAAAUGCAUCCGGCCGAUCGAACAGAUUUUCAGACGUUAUCUAGCUGUUUGCGUUUCGUGCUUUGGCGUAUGCAUUACAUUUACCGUGUGAUGUGUAAUAUUAUCAAUAAGCUAAACGUGUUGUUUUACUUCUCGAGAGCAAUCCUUUGGAUUUCUAAAAGACUAGGUGUAUGCCCAUGCGUUGCUACGAGUGAAACAAUUUUUUUUCUUC